GAGAACUGUCAAAUUCAAUCGAGUGUUAUGUUGUUUACAUAAUACAUUCGCUGAAAACGCUGAAAACCAAAUAGCCGGGAUGGCACCUCAAUCGAAUGAUAAUCUACCGCAACCCAAAACUCCCGAAGAAGAGAACAUUGCGAAUAAUCUGUGGUCGAUCCGACCAUGCUUCGUGUACAAUGAGGAAUACGAUGAUUGCACAAGCAUCAGAGGAAGAUUCCAUCAGUAUUUCAUCCACGGUGAAACAGUCGAUUGUACCCAAUGGAAGCGAGAUUUUGAUAAUUGUGUCCGUUUCGAGCGAAAUCAGCGGGACACUAAGAGUGCCAUCGAGUUGAUUGAAAGCGAACGAAAACGACGUGCAGAGCGGAUGAGUGCACACUACAGGAACGAUGUUUGGAAGAAACGAGAGAAAGCCCCCGAUGAUUGGUCGAAGCCAUUGCCGGAAUGGCUACUGAAAGAGUACGAAAGUUCAUACCUCGAGUCGAAGGCACGUGAAAUGCGAGGCGAAAUCCAACCUUCGGAUGAUAGUGGUAGAACAAUGUGUGUGAUUAUGUAGUAAAAUUUAAAGUUUGUCCAAUAAUUGUUUUAUUAGUAUGUCAUUAGGCAUAGGAAUAGAUUAUAUUGAUACGAGAAAA